AUGGCAACCGAGCAAUUUUUUCCAUUCUCUGUUGUUUCUGUGGUCGAAGAUGUUCUUGAACAACAUGGUGGCCGUUUGAGCGAUAUCAACUUGGCGUCAAGAAAAGCUGAAGAAGCUUCAUUGAGAAGGUAUGAAGCAGCUAGUUGGCUGCGAAAAGUAGUUGGAGUUGUUGGAGGGAAAGACUUGCCAGCUGAGCCUUCUGAAGAAAACUUCAGGAUUGGAUUGCGUAGUGGAAUUAUCCUAUGCAAUGUUCUUAACAAAAUUGAACCUGGAGCAGUGCCUAAGGUUGUUGAAGCCCCCAGCGAUUCUGUGAUUAUUCCUGAUGGGGCAGCACUGUCUGCGUUUCAAUACUUUGAAAAUAUAAGGAAUUUUCUUGUAGCAGUGGAGGAAAUGGGGCUUCCCACCUUUGAAGCUUCUGAUUUGGAACAGGGAGGAAAACCUUCAAGGAUAGUGAAUUGUGUUUUAGCGCUCAAGUCCUACUCUGAAUGGAAACUUGGAGGAAAAAUUGGGUCAUGGAAAUUUAGUGGCAUUGGGAAUCCAAAGCCACCUACCUCAGGGAAACCACUUUUGAGGAAAAACUCAGAACCAUUCCUGAAGUCUUUGUGGAGUAUGACAUUAGGGGACAGAGAUGAUCACUCUUCAUACAAUGAUCCUGGGCAUGAUCGAAAUGAAGGGGGUCCCUUAAAUUCACUAGUUCGUGAAUAUCUGUCUGACAAGAAGCCAGAAGAAAUUCCCAUUGCAGUGGAGUCCCUGCUUGACAAAGUUAUGGAGGAGUUUGAACGUCGCAUGCUAAUCCAACAAGAAACGUUUAAGGCAACUCAAGAAUAUAAGGCAUCAUCUGAAACAGAAUGUUCAACUUCAAAAGCUGCUUCUGUUGAUGAAGGGAUGGAAGAAAAGGAAGAUGGACAGGACUUAGAGGAUAAACAAGAGGAACUUUGUGAUGAGAAGUACAAUGGUCAAGAAGAAUCAAGCACUCAGAAUUCGAAGCAGCAGAAGUUAGUCCAACAACAAAAUAAAAGCUUCCAGGUAACUUGCAGUGUGAAUUUGAUGCAGAAAUUAAUGAGGUAAAAUAACGAAUUUAAUGUUAACAUUUUUCAGGAAUUGAAACAUAUCGUUCAUCAAACAAAAUCAGGAAUGCAGCUUUUGCAAAACGAAUACCAGAAGGAGUUCAUCUAUCUAGGUAAGCACCUGCAGAGUCUAGCUUCUGCUGCUUCAGGGUAUCAUAAAGUUCUUGAAGAAAACCGCAAGUUAUACAAUCAAGUGCAGGAUCUGAAAGGAAAUAUUAGGGUGUAUUGCCGAGUUAGACCCUUCUUGGGUGGGAAAUCAAACCAUUAUAGCUCUGUCAGUAACGUGGAGGAGGGAAGUAUCACAAUAGCAACGCCUUCCAAAUAUGGGAAAGAAGGGAAGAAAAUAUUUAAUUUCAACAGAGCGUUUGGUCCUUCUGUGACCCAGGGAGAAGUUUUCUCGGAUACCCAGCCUCUAAUUCGUUCUGUUCUGGAUGGUUACAAUGUCUGUAUAUUUGCCUAUGGCCAGACAGGAUCAGGAAAAACACACACUAUGUCUGGACCAGAUGAUUUUAAUGAGGAAACAAUAGGUGUGAACUACCGUGCACUGAGAGAUCUUUUCUUUCUCUCAGAACAGAGGAAAGACACCAUUACCUAUGAAAUUUCUGUUCAGAUGCUUGAGAUUUACAAUGAGCAAGUCAGAGACCUACUAUGUACAGAUAGUUCUAACAAAAGAUAUCCUUCUCUAAAAAUUCGCAACAGUUCCCAUAAUGGAAUCAACGUGCCAGAUGCGAACAUUAUUUCAGUUUCAUCGACUUCUGAUGUCAUAAAUUUGAUGAACUUGGGACAUAAGAAUAGAGCUGUUGGUGCUACUGCCAUGAAUGAUCGUAGUAGUCGUUCUCACAGCUGCCUGACAGUUCAUGUUCAAGGAAGGAACCUGACAUCAGGAAGCACUAUUCGUGGUAGUAUGCAUCUUGUUGAUCUGGCAGGAAGUGAGAGGUGUGAUAAAACUGAGGCCACAGGGGAUAGACUUAAGGAGGCUCAACAUAUCAACAAGUCACUUUCUGCCUUGGGAGAUGUUAUUGCUUCCCUUUCCCUAAAGAAUGCACAUGUACCCUACAGGAACAGCAAACUCACACAGCUGCUUCAGGAUUCUCUUGGAGGACAAGCGAAGACCCUCAUGUUUGUUCAUAUUAGUCCAGAGCCUGAUGCUCUUGGAGAAACGCUUAGUACACUGAAGUUCGCUGAACGUGUCUCCACUGUUGAACUUGGUGCUGCACGAGUUAAUAAAGAUAAUUCAGAUGUGAAAGAGCUUAAAGAACAGAUUGCUAGUUUGAAGGCAGCCCUAGCAAGGAAGGAUGGAGAAACAGAACACUUUCAACAAUCUGUGAAUAGUAACCAUGAAAUACCAAAGUUGAAAUCAUAUGCAUCGUCUCCUCCUAUACAACGAAAUUGGACUUCUUCAGGAGGCCGUAAGCUGCCAAGAGAUGAUUCUAGUAGCCUCGAGCUGAAAAGACGAAGCCUAGAUCUCCACGACAUGUAUAGGAAUUCACGUGUUGGGAAAGAGGAUGAUAAGGAAUCAGUUUCUGGGGAUUGGGUUGAUAAGAUUACAAUGAACAGGAAUGACAGCUUCACUAGUGAUGAUAGCCUCGUGGCACAAUGGGAAGCAGAGAGCAAACAGUUUUCUCCAUUGUUAAGUCCCACUUCUCUUUCAGAACCUUCCAAGAUAUAUCUGGAACACUCCUUGUAUGAGAUGGCCACAACAGAUGAAUCUGAUGAACCUGAGAUUGCAACUAGUGAUUCUUCAGAAUCAGACUUGAUGUGGCAAUCACAAUCACAUGCAUCUAAACCAACCAGCAUUUCAAAUGGAUUAGGCUCUAAAGCAAAGAAAAUGACUAAUUAUCCAAGAACAGCAGCACAACCAUCAAAGAGUAUGAUCCCAUCAUUGAUUCCUACACCAUCAAAGAGACAACCCACACAAGUUAAUCAAGCCAGAAAGCAUACAGGAAUAUCCAUUGAUGUAAAGAGGAAGACAGGGAAUGCCAAGUGACAAAAAGCUGUUUUUUUGCUCUGCUAGUAAGCCUUUAAUAAUUCAUUAUAUCCGAUUAAACUACCACCUUUUUUGUUCUAAAGAUGCAUCCGGACAUCAAUUCAUAUGUGAAUA